UUAUGGAUCCUAAAAUCCAAUUAGAAAUUGUAGGUCUGAUCAAAGAGUCCUGCUUCCACGCCGCUAAAUGCAUCGCAGAGGGACUGAAGCAGAAGUUUCCUGAGGCCUUUCUGGAGCCCAGAGUUCAGCCGCUUCUUGAAUUAGACUGGCACACAUACCUGUACAGUAAGAAAAUGGAGCUGCGUGGUGAAGUGUGGCAGUACUCCAGCAGCCUGAUGUGCUUUCUGAACGGCCAGCUUCUUGGUAAUGAGAAGGAUCUCGCCUGCUGGGCCAAGGAUAAGUGGAGUUUCACUUUUACUCGGCCGCAAGCGUUCUACAGGGCCCUGGCUGAGGAUGGCUACAAAAAACACCUCCAAGAGACUGGGCAUCGCUUUGUCUUCAUGGACAUUGAGAUAGCCGGAGAAGCAGCGGGGAAGUUAGUGUUUGAGCUGUUCACAGAUGUGUGUCCAAAGACAUCGGAGAACUUCGAGGCCCUGUGCACCGGAGAGCGAGGAUUGUCGUCGAGUGGCCUGCCGCUCUGCUAUAAGGGUUCCCUGUUUCACCGGAUUGUUCCCAAUGGCUGGGUGCAAGGUGGAGAUAUCUCACCAGAGAGAAGAGGUGAUGGGGGCCAAUCAAUCUAUGGACCCACUUUUGAAGAUGAGAGUUUUGCUAUUUCCCACUCUAAGAGAGGAAUUCUGGGAAUGGCAAAUAAGGGUCCCCAUACCAAUGGUUCCCAAUUCUACAUCAGCCUGCAGCCGACACCCUGGAUGGACAAGACCUACGUUGCCUUUGGUCAAGUGGUUGAGGGUGUUGACGUCCUGAGGAAGUUAGAAGAGGUCCCCACUUGCAUUGAAACACCCAAAUAUGAUUGCAAAAUCACAGCAUGUGGAGUGUUUACCACAUAA